UAUAUUCACGAAUAAUCGAUUCUACUCUAUGCAUUCAAAAAAAUAAUUUAGCCUUGCCUUGCGAUUACUAAUAUUCUUUUUCCAUAAAAAGGCUAAGUGUUGAGUAACUUGUAGAAAGAUCAUAAAAUAGCUGCUCAAAGUCAGAACGUUGGAGGGUGUUUUUGUUAUGGCUUUAUUGAGGAAAAUUUGAUUGGCUUAUUUUAAAAUUAAUAUUUUUCGGGAUUAAUUUAGUGGCGAAUUUAUAUUUGCGACUGCCAGCCAUUCCAGACUGUACUUUACGGAUCUUAUUUCAGCGAUUUGGGGGCAAAACCGGAACAAUUUAAUGUCCGCUAAAACUUAUGCCCUUAAGAUAAGAUAAUAAUACUCAUGUCACUAAAGAACUCUGGAAAGCUAUUAUGAAACGGGAUGCCUCGCAAUGGAUUGAUUUCAGACACAAUACAAUAAUAUUCCUAGUCAAAGAUUUCCGUCUCUCCCAUACGCAUGGAUAUAAAGCUGGUUCUUCGCGCGAGACAAAAAAAUCCUGGGAGCUAGAGGCAGGUUUAAUAAUACUUUAAUGAGAUCAAAUUUCGCGGUAAUUAAAUUUCAUUGAGAUUUUGGCUUUAUUCGGCAAAUUACGCGAAAUUUUAUCCUUUCAAAAAUUCAAGAAGAAGGGACCAUCUGCGAAAUUUAGCGUUACCAAAGUUUUAAUUUGCUGUACGAUCUAAAAAGAUAGCGUUAUUUCAUUGGAAAACAACAAACAGGGCUUUUCGAAUGAGAAAAAAUGCUACUAAAGUAAAACUUCAUAAAACGCGAAAUUAAAUCCCCGCGAAAUAUUUAUGGAUAAUUUAUCCGCGAAAUUAAAUCCCCGCGAAAUAUUUAAAUUUCGCAGAAGAGUUCAUCCGCGAAGUUUUAUCCCAUUAAAGACCAACCUCUUCCCCAGGGCUUUUUCUCUCGAAAUUUCACUCGUUAUCUACAGUCUCGCCCUUGUUUUCCGCUGGGCCAUCUCAGGGCGUGGUUCCGCAGUCACAUAACUAUAACAGGGUGUUACUUAUGUAAUUAGAUAUUUGCACUGAUCAAUUCUUUACGAAAAAAAAAUACUGUUUUACAAAAAAAUGUCAUCAGAAAGUUAUUUAAUUAUUUAAUUCUCAUUCCAUUUUUAUAAAAUCAGGCUAUGGAUAUUCGUUUUUUUAAAAACAUUUCUCCAUACCUUCUCACAGUGCCCCCUUCAUUGCAUUCUCUACCCCCCACGACGAAGUAGCCAGAUUGCUGGCUCUGUGCCACGUUUUUACCCUUUCAAAAAUGGACUCCAGCAAGAAGAGCAGUCAAAGUGGGAAAAGAGGGGCAAAAGACUCCUCCUCCAGUAGUAAAGACUCCUCCUCCAGUAGUAAAGACUCCUCCUCCAGUAGUAAAGACUCCUCCUCGAGUAGUUCGAGCGACGGUGCCUUGACAUGUUACCUCCAUGAUCUCAGUCCAGUCAAAAGGGCAAGAAAUAGCAGUGUUGGUUAUUACAAUUUCACUGUCCAAACUGAUGAAACUGUUCACCGUGGUGUGUCAUUUCGAAUGGAUUUGAGGGAUAAGAUAGAAAAAGCAGCUGAAUCGAAGAGUCCCGUAAAGUUGGUUAAUUAUAAACGCAAAGCGAACUGGAAAGAUAACAGCCUCCAGGACAUUGAAGUCAAUAGAAACACCAGAUUGGAGGAGUGUAAAGCUGGUUUCGCUCACAAAAACAUCAAAAAGGAUGUUGCCAAACGUCAAAAAAUCAAAACUGUGCUUGAUAGUGGUUAUGAUAAACAGAUGGUUACUAUAAUAGGAUAUAUUGACAUUGAUAAUGUGGCUAUUUCAACUAUGGAUUCGUCUGCAAAAAGAACUGAUACAUUCGUUAACGAUGACAGUGGGAUUGUUUUGGUUUCCUUUUGGAAUGAAAUCGCAAAUCAGCUGAGCACGAGUGGUACCUAUGAAUUACAAAAUCUUUCCGUACGGGAGUUAAAUUCAACCCCUGUUGAAACUGUUCUCACUACAACCAGCGAAUCAUUGAUCUUGCCCUGGACGAAAGGUAAUGCAAUAAAACAAUCGUCUCCACCAUAUCAGCUAAAGAAGUCCUUGCAUUUUCCCAUAAAAAGUGUUUCAAUCAGCCAGAAGGUAUAUAAAUGUCCUCGGUGUUUUACUCAAAUUGAAGAAUCUACGCUUGGACAAGAUUUUUUUCGUUGCGCCAAAUGUAAAAAUAGUACAAAAUUUUCUUCGUUGUCAUCAAAUGUUACGAUCCAGUUAAUAACGAAUGAAGGACAAGAAGUGGUUAUGUAUAGCACUCAGCUUAACCAAUAUCUCCUAGCGAAAAGGGAAAGUGUUGAAGUUGACGAUGAAGACCAAGUAUGCAAGGUUUUGCUGUUGGAUGAAAAAUCUGUGAUUUCUGUUAAUCACCGUAAUGUUGUCAUUGACUUCUAAACUUUAAAUAUAAACAUUGCUUUUAAAUUUCGAUGCACUGCAAGCUUUGAAAUUAACUAUUGUACACCACAUAUAUGUAGUACAUUCUGUAUAGUUGAUAGAUAUGAACUGGAAGUUAUAGAUACACAGAAAGAUCAGUUAUUUCAAGUCUUGCAGUGCAUAUGCAUGUUACUGGUUAGCAUUGCAUUUUGUUACAUUUUGUUACUUUUUUUUUCUGUUCAUACAUAUGAACAAGCCUGCAGAAAGUUCAGUCCUUCAUGGUUGAUGUCUGACGAAUAUUCAAGGCUUGUUCAUAAUGUAUAUAACUAUAGUUUCACGACUUGCUUUGUUUUGUUUACUCCUUGCACCUGUGAUUGAGUGUACUUUUUCUGUAUAUAGUUUCCAGCCCAGACAAGUGAUGUCUAACAGUUAUUUCAAGGCUUAUUUAAAGUAGUAAAUGUGGAGCAGUAACUAACAAACAAAGUAACAAGACAUGCUUUUGGCUUGCUUUGUAUUAAGCCGUGAAUAUAUUUGUUUUAUGCUAUACAUAUAUACUAGUUAUAUAAGUGAAAUAAUCAUCAAUCAUCACUGUUGGGGAGAGAUUUUUCGAAGCAUUUUUAUCCUCCAUAUUUGGCUGGAAAUUUCUCCUCAGUGAUUAUCAACAGUUAUUUCAAGCCAUCCAUCUUUUUGGCAUAUUUUCUGUAUAUAACCUUCAGCUGUAAAGCAUUUUCUUGACAAAAACAGCUAUAUUUUUACUAGAAGUCAUAAUUCUAAACCCUAUACAAAUUUGACUGUUCCAGUCUAGCUCCAACAAGUCAGUCUGUAAAUUUAAAACCCGAUUUUCCCGGUUUUGAUAGUUCGGCAAAACCUCUGAAUCACGUCUGGGCUUUUAGAUGUCACAAUGCUAACGCCUAUACAAAAUUGGUUGUCCUGGUCUGGCUCUAACAUAAGUCGGUCCGUAAAUUUAAAACUGGAUUUGAUAGCCACGCCCGGGGCUUUUAUUUAUCACACACAAUUGCUCGGGCAAAUCUUACCCAGGUCAUCUAUGACGUUUUUCAAAAUUUAAUCCAAAUGUCCAAAAAUGGUCACACGCACGAUAAGCACUUCUGCAGCCUUAUUGUGCGCAUGACCAUUUUUGGACAAGUGCACUAACUUUUUGCGAAUGCACAAAUUAAAUUUUUGCCGUGUUUUGCUCAGAUUAAAUUUCGGCGGAUCUGGAUAUUUUGGAAGUUUGCGUGAAUUCGUUUUCGCGAAUAUGUGCAAUGCAUUAUCACUUGCGUAGGCACAUAAGUUCAAAAUUUUUCGACACACUGCGAUUUUGGUGAAAAAUUAUACCAAAUGCUGAACGGGCCAAAGAAGAUCAUGUGCGUGCUGCAACCGUGUUCGCGCCAUAAGGCUCUUGUUUUCUUAUUGAUAGGCCUGUUUUUGUGUAUUACUUUUAUAGCUUUUAUUUUAUAUAAAUAUAAUAUUUUUCUCUGAUAAAAAGGGGGUAGCUAAAACAUGUUUUUGUGUUUUGUUAAGGUGGCAAUAACCCUUUUUUAGCUGUCCACAUUUAUUUAUUUACUAAGUGUAUUAUUUAUGCCUGUUUACAUUUCCUAAAAAUAUAGGCCUCAAUACAUAAUAAAAUGAUUUUAACUUGAAACCAAAAUUGAUGAGUCACCAGAAAUUUCUAUGUAAAAAAUCCUUGUUUUUCAACGAGAAUUUGUAUUUUUUGUGACCUGGGAGCUUUUUCCUGCAUUUUUAUUUUUCAUGUUGGAGACAAGUGGGGGACUACUAAACUUUUGAACCCCAAACACGAGAACUUAGUGUUUCAGCUAGGGACUCUCUCAGUAUUAACUUUCUUGUCUCCGAUAGCCGAAAAAAUGUUGCAAAAAUGAAAUAAGUUUAUUUUUAUAGCAUAACAUGCUGUAAGAAAAUAUACAAAAUGUAAUUUUUAUUUCAGAGGUUCUUAACCAGUUUUUCUGAACAUAAAACGUAAGAAGUUAAAUACAGUAUACUGAUUAAAGUUGUUUUCAAAAAAAAUAUGUUUGUUUCAAGCGAGUCAUUUAGUAGUAAAAUGUUGUUUCUUAUUUUCUUUGUUUCGAUGUGAUGAAAACAAAGUUUAAUGCAACUUUACUUAGGUUAAUAAUACUAAUUGAACUAUUUGCCAUUAUUGAAACUAAAAACUCUAAAAAAACAUUUUGACUUUUAAAUUUUGUCUGAAUAAAAUUUUUAAAGUAAAACAAAAAUACUAUCAAAAGUUAAAGCUUGUGCAGUGUAGCAUAAUGAAGAUCGCCUAAAUUCCUACAUAAUGCACUGUUUUUGUUAUUAACGUUUCUUUUUAAUAAUUACUCAUUCCUUUCUGUAUAAUUUGCAAGCACGCAGACUAAAGGGCCUGAUACACUUGUAUGAUAUCACUGAAAUAUAUAAUUUCUUAUAAUAUAGCUUUAAUAUGUAGUUUUAAUAUGUAUAAUGUCAACACCUGGUAUGUGUGUCAUAACCUCAUAAUUUGCAGCAUAGCUAUAAUAUUUAAAUAAAAUCAAACCAAUUUGAUUUUAAUAAUAUUGUUGGUAAUAUGGUUUUGAAUGCCUUUUUGUUUGUGUGAUGAUAUAUCUAUUAUCUGCUAGCGUUGUUAUGGCAACGAUGGUAUGAAAGUAUCACAAUACAAGAAAUUAUAAGUAUAUUGUAGAAAAAUUAUAAAUUUAUUGUAAAAUAUAUUUAAUGAUAUUAUACAGGUGUAUCCUGGCCUUAGAUUAAGUUAAUUAUUAUAAGUUUUAAUUUAAAGAGGAAUUGUUAAGGUAUUUUGGUGAAAGAUAAUAGUAAUAUAGCUAUAAAAUCGUGACAAGUGUGUUAUAACAGAAAUAUAUAAAUAUAUAUAGUGUGAAAACAAUUUUAUGUAACUAAUUAUGUACAAAAGAAAUUCUGACUGCCACCUUAAGUUCAAAAGUUUCAUCAGCUAAAUCCAUAUCUGAGUAACUUAAGUGACCUUGCCCCCGCGGAUUGUUAGUUUUCUAAGAACCCCUAAGAACAAGGCUGGCAAUACUUAUUUGAGCAUCAUAUCCCACCUAGGUUGAUAGAGUAUAGAUAAGUAAUUUUUAACAACCUGUUUGUUAAAAGGAGUUUUUAAUUGUUAGUAAAAGUCAUUAAUUUGAGCGUUUUAUGUAACAGAUAUGAUAACGAAAAUUAUUGUUUUUGUUUUACAUCCGCACAAUUUAGGAGGAAACUAAAAACACUAUUCAAAAUAUUUAUUCUUUUGGAAAAUUAAAUUAGUAGGCUCAGAACAAUCAUUUCUUCUUGUUGUACUUUAUCUUUCCGAUAUCGUCUGGUUUCGUCUCGCAAUAUUGUUUAAAUUCAAGCUAAAUUAACAAAAAUUGUCUUAAGUAAGCAAAUUAAAAAAAAAAUAAAUCUUCCAAGAUCAGUUUAAUUUCGAUACAGGAAAGACUCAAUUCGUGUCAAUUCCUUAUAUUGAGAGACAUGAUGAUCCAUAAGUCCAACUUGAAAAGCUAAAAUGAACUAAAUUGAAAAUAGUUUAUUUAUUAAUUCUAUUUCAUCUGGGUUUUAUAAAAGCAACCUGUACGAGGUAGAAGUGAUUUUUUUUUAAUUUUUAAUUUAUUUUUUUACUUGCUUAGCCAGUUGUAAUGGCUGUUAGAACUUGGAUCUUCUUGCUGAAAUGAAUGGUUUAUUUUACUAAAAAACCUUGGAUUAAUCAGGGAUCAAAAUAAGAAAUUUGAAAGGCAGGUGUGUAAUCGACAGUAUAAGGGAGCUUAACAUGUUAUCCAUACAAUUCAGUUCACUGGUGUGAAUAAUAACACAUGGUGAGGAAAAAAAAUUGUGCCCUGCGAACAGGAUAAACAAACUAAUAAACUAAUACAAAUAAAAGUUAUAUCCUGAAAGUAAUAAUUUGCGUGAUUGAAAAAAAAUAUUAACAGUAAAUUUCGAAAAAUGGUGGAGAUUGAUCGAGUAUGGAACAAACUCGCACUCCAAAGAAAGUAUUUGUUGGGUGUGCUUCACUUCAUUUUAUUCCCAGAAACUUGAAAAUUAUAACUUAGAAAGAAUAACAAUUACUGACUGAUCACCAGGGUAAGAAUGAGAAAAGAUGGUCAGUCAUAACUCAAGUUUUGGUUGGUCAUGACCGAUGACUGGUAGUUAUUUCGAUUCCUGUUCAUUGGCAUAAAAUUUCUGUUUGUCAUUUUGUUUUUUAUUUAAAUAAGAGCUGUUAAAUUGACUUAUCUUCCUUGUUUUAAAUAUAUAGUUUUCCCUGGUAAAUUAAAAAAUUAUGAAAAGUUAUUUUUAUGUUGAACAUUAAACUUUGGAAAUGUUUAGUAGGUGUAUAGCUGCCUUCUCUAAAAAUAUUAAUGGUUCUUAAAGUUGUUUUUAUUAUCUUUAAAAUUAACUUGACACUGUGCAACAGUAAACAUCGGUAAUGGAAACAUGAUCUCUUGGGAUACUCCAAAAAAAAUUAAAACAAAGCUAUUUUAUUAGUUGUAGAGCAAUCUAUAUCCAAAAACUUUUUAGCUGAGAAGAGAAAUUUUUUCAUAACAUGUAAAAACCUAAUUCUAAAGUUCAUUUAUAUUCAAAAGAGUUAUUGUGGAGUAUUAAACAUAUGGACCCUUGUCCCCAGGUUUUUUUGUCUUUUUGAUAUGAGAGAAGACAACGAAAAAUACCUUGGUAUGAUUUAGUGAUUUUUCGCCAAUAUAUCGCCAGAUUAUGCGAACACGUUAAUUUAUGCGACUAACAAAAGCGGAACUCUAAUUUAUGUUCCAGAAAAUAUGCAAGAAAAAUUAUCUUGGUAACUGUAAUAAGCGUCUUUCAAUUUUUAAAAAAUAUGUUCCUUUUUUUAGCAGGUUACAUAAUACUUUAAUAUAGUUUAGCUAGCUAGUACCUAGCUAGGUAAACUCUAUUAAAAAAAAACUCUGAAAACUUAUGAAAAUUGUAAGGUUUCAAAUCAAAUUUAUGAAAAGAUUUUUUAUUUUUGUGGUGUUUUGAACCAUGAAAAAAACAAAGAAUUAAAGAGAAGGAUAUAUAUGUAGACAGCUUCAGAUAUCAUAAAAGCUUCCCUUAGACAUUCUGUUACGUAAAACAGCAGAACCAUUACAGGAUAUUUUAUAGAAUUAUUUUUGCAAGAACUAAUUAUACAAAACAU